AUGGGUGCGACGGCACAAUCGGCAUUGGCUCUGGCGGUUGUGCCAUUUGCUGCCGAUGACGCCAUUACAGAAUCGCUGCUCAUCCACUUGCUCAGUGGCAUUAGCGACGUCAUUCAAGACGAGGGAGUACAAUUGGUGGGUGGCCACACGUGCGAGGGACUGGAACUCGCUUGUGGACUCAGUGUCCAGGGCUACACGGAGAAUCCCAACAAGCUACUUCGCAAGCGGGGUGGUCGUGUUGGGGACAAGAUUGUGUUGACAAAACCGCUCGGAACCGGUGCACUGUUUGCGGCCGACAUGAGAGCGCAAUGUCGAGGCGAUCAGCCAUUGGAGAGCAUUGGCGCCGUCCUGAACAUUCAAGACAUGGCCUUUUUGAAGGGAGGCUUACAAGCUUCAUCCAACGGUAUCUUCUCCACGCUUCAGCCCCAGAAUCAACGAAACCGCCGUGCAGUGAUCAACCACGCAGAUGCAGCCAAGGCGCACCCAGUCACCUAUCCUUUGCUGUUUGAUCCACAAACAGCUGGUGGUUUAAUCUUCUUUGUCGACCCCAAUUCUUGCAACGACUUUGUGGCCAAAUUGCAAGAAACGUACGCUUCUGCAGCUGUCAUUGGCGAGUUGGUCAAGUACCCUGAGAACGCCAGUGCCACGGCUGGAGGAGUGUGCCCUAUUGGCAGUGGAGUGUCCACCGGGCAGAGAGUGAGAAUUGCUCUGUAA